UAUAUAAACGUGUGAUAGAAGAUGGUUUAACGUCCGCAACCCCCAGACCUACCCCCACAAUCGAAACAUCACUGUGUUCCAGUUAUCCUUAUCCCUCUCACAAACUUUGCUCCCAUGUUAAACUAGGGGGGGAAAGAAAACACUAAAACAAACCAUCACAGACACAACUGAGAAAAAAAAAUCCUCAAAAAACAGACAUUUUUAUCAACAUCUUGUCAUGGAAAGACAGAAAGAAAUGCUGACAGGCAAACAAGAAGAAGAGAAGCAGAAGAAUCAAAGCAAAAGACAAGUACAAGAAGCAAAGCAGCAGGCACAACCCAAUCUACCUCCCUCAGCCUCAUCUUCUCCGUCCCAUGAAUUCUCCUUCACCAUCUCCCUCCACCCGCCGUCUAAAACCACCCCGGCCGCCGCGGACAACAAAACCAAAUCCCCUCCUCCCUUCGCCCUGGACUUAUCUCCGGCCGAUGAAAUCUUCUUCCACGGCCAUUUACUCCCCCUCCACCUCCUCUCCCACCUCCCCGUCGUCUCUCCCCGCUCCUCCACAAACUCACUGGACAGCUUCACUCUGCCGAUCAAACACUUACCCUUAGAAAACAACACGGACACGACAGAUCAUGACCGUCAAGAAAUCCGUCUUCUGGAGGCGAAAGGGAGAGGAAAAUCGAAGUCCUUCUCCCUGUUUGGACUGCCGAGAUGGAGGAAAGGAUACUCCGAAGCAAGAGAGAAGGAGAAGAGGAAGUCCAAGUUCGAUAUAAGCAAUGUGAUAAAGAGGUACUUGAGAUUGGUUAAGCCAUUCCUUUCCUUGAGAAACAGGAACGGGAAUCCUCCGAACCACCGGCAGCCGCCGUAUUCGUUUUCCGGCAACUUACAGGUGAGAAGCAAGAAGGAAAUGAGAGGGAGGAGGGGGGAAUUCUCGGCGCCGGCGUCAAUCAGAACUUCGCCGACGAACAGCGGGCUUCUGGUUGCAAGUGGAAGCGUUACUCCGACGAAAAGUGAUAGCACCAUGGAAGAAUUGCAGGCAGCAAUUCAAGCAGCGAUUGCUCAUUGCAAGAAGUCCAUUGCGACGGAUGAUAAAAUCAAACCGUCGCUAUGACGAUAUGUUCUUGAUUUUAUUUAUACAUAUGGUAAGAUAUUCUACUGCAGCUUGUUGAUUUUUCAUAA